GGCGGCAGGAGGAGGUCUCGGAGGGUGGGGGCGCAGGUCCGGGAGGGGGCACCGGGAGGAGGUGAGUGUCUCUCGUCGCCUCCUCCUCUCCCCCCUUUUCGCCCCCGCCUCCUUGUGGCGAUGAGAAGGAGGAGGACAGCGCCGAGGAGGAAGAGGCUGAUGGCGGCGGCGGAGCUCCGAGAGACCUCGGCUGGGCAGGGGCCGGCCGUGGCGGGCCGGGGACUGCGCCUCUAGAGCCGCGAGUUCUCGGGAAUUCGCCGCAGCGGACGCGCUCGGCGGAUUUGUGCUCCUGUGCCCUCCUCCGGGCCUGGGCGCAGGCCCGGCCCCUCGCACUUGCCCCUACCUUUUCUAUCGAGUCCGCAUCCCUCUUCGGCCACCGCGACCCAGCGAAGAGAAAAAGGAACUUCCCCCACCCCCCUCGGGGGCCGGCGGAGCCCCCCAAGCCCACCCCAGGGAGCGGGGCGGGGAGCCCUGGCCGAAGAAGAGAUUUCCCGAGGAUUCUCGUUUUCCUCGCCUGUAUCUCCGAAAGAAUUAAAAAUGGCCGAGAAUGUGGUGGAACCGGGGCCGCCUUCAGCCAAGCGGCCUAAACUCUCAUCUCCGGCCCUCUCGGCGUCGGCCAGCGAUGGCACAGAUUUUGGCUCUCUGUUUGAUUUGGAGCAUGACUUACCAGAUGAAUUAAUCAACUCUACAGAAUUGGGACUAACCAAUGGUGGUGAUAUUAGUCAGCUUCAGACAAGUCUUGGCAUAGUACAAGAUGCAGCCUCUAAACAUAAACAACUGUCAGAAUUGCUACGGUCUGGUAGUUCCCCUAACCUCAAUAUGGGGGUUGGUGGCCCAGGCCAAGGCAUGGCCAGCCAGCCCCAACAGAAUAGUCCUGGAUUAGGUUUGAUAAAUAGCAUGGUUAAAAGCCCAAUGGCACAGGCAGGCUUGACUUCUCCCAACAUGGGGAUGGGCACUAGUGGACCAAAUCAGGGUCCUACGCCAUCUGCAGCAGGUAUGAUGAACAGUCCAGUAAAUCAACCUGCCAUGGGAAUGAACACAGGGAUGAAUGCUGGCAUGAAUCCUGGAAUGUUGAAUGCAGGCAAUGGACAGGGGAUGAUGCCUAAUCAAGUCAUGAACGGUUCAAUUGGAGCAGGCCGGGGGCGACCUAACAUGCAGUACCCAAACCCAGGCAUGGGAAAUGCUGGCAGUUUAAUGACCGAGCCACUGCAACAAGGCUCUCCUCAGAUGGGAGGACAAACGGGAUUGAGAGGCCCUCAGCCUCUUAAGAUGGGAAUGAUGAACAACCCUAAUCCUUAUGGUUCACCAUACACUCAGAAUUCUGGACAGCAGAUUGGAGCCGGUGGCCUUGGUCUCCAGAUUCAGACAAAGUCUGUACUACCAAAUAACUUAUCUCCAUUUGCAAUGGACAAAAAGGCAGUUCCUGGUGGAGGAAUGCCCAACAUGGGUCAACAGCAGGCCCCACAGGUCCAGCAGCCAGGCCUUGUGACUCCAGUAGCCCAAGGGAUGGGUUCUGGAGCGCAUACAGCUGAUCCAGAGAAGCGCAAGCUCAUCCAGCAGCAGCUUGUUCUCCUUUUGCAUGCUCACAAGUGCCAGCGCCGAGAGCAGGCUAAUGGGGAAGUGAGGCAGUGCAAUCUUCCCCACUGUCGCACAAUGAAGAACGUCCUAAACCACAUGACACACUGCCAGUCAGGCAAGUCCUGCCAAGUGGCACACUGUGCUUCUUCUCGACAAAUCAUUUCACACUGGAAGAAUUGUACAAGACAUGAUUGUCCUGUGUGUCUCCCCCUUAAAAAUGCUGGAGAUAAGAGAAACCAACAGUGUGCUAGUCCAAUGGGAGUAAAUGGAGGUGUAGGGGUUCAAACGUCGAAUCUUCUUUCUGACUCAAUGUUGCAUUCAGCCAUAAAUUCUCAAAAUCCAAUGAUGAGUGAAAAUGCCAGUGUGGCCUCCCUGGGUCCUAUGCCAACAGCAGCUCAACCAUCCAAUACUGGAAUUCGGAAACAAUGGCAUGAAGAUAUUACUCAGGAUCUUCGAAAUCAUCUUGUUCACAAACUUGUUCAAGCCAUAUUUCCUACUCCGGAUCCUGCUGCUUUAAAAGACAGACGGAUGGAAAACUUAGUUGCAUACGCCCGGAAAGUGGAAGGGGACAUGUAUGAAUCUGCAAAUAAUCGAGCGGAAUACUACCACCUGCUAGCUGAGAAGAUCUAUAAGAUCCAGAAAGAACUAGAAGAAAAACGAAGGACUAGACUACAGAAACAAAACAUGCUGCCCAGUGCUGCAGGCAUGGUGCCAGUUUCUAUGAAUCCAGGGCCCAAUAUGGGGCAGCCACAACCAGGAAUGACUUCCAAUGGCCCUCUACCUGACCCAUCUAUGAUCCGUGGCAGUGUGCCAAACCAGAUGAUGCCUCGGAUAACUCCACAGCCUGGUUUGAAUCAGUUUGGCCAGAUGAGUAUGCCCCAGCCCCCAAUUGGACCCCGGCAAACCUCUCCUCUUCAGCACCAUGGACAGUUAGCUCAGCCUGGAACUCUCAACCCACCUAUGGGCUAUGGGCCUCGCAUGCAGCAGCCUUCCAACCAGAGCCAGUUCCUUCCCCAGACUCAGUUCUCAACACAGGGAAUGAAUGUAACGAAUAUGCCUUUGGCUCCGUCUGGCGGGCAAGCACCGGUGUCCCAAGCACAAAUGUCCAGUUCUUCCUGCCCUGUGAACUCUCCUAUAAUGCCUCCAGGGUCUCAAGGGAGCCACAUUCACUGUCCCCCUCUCCCUCAGUCAGCUCUGCAUCAGAAUUCACCCUCUCCAGUACCUAGUCGUACCCCUACGCCUCACCACACUCCCCCAAGCAUAGGGGCUCAGCAGCCACCAGCAACAAUUCCAGCCCCUGUUCCUACACCUCCAGCCAUGCCACCCGGGCCACCGACCCAGGCCCUCCAUCCACCUCCGAGGCAGACACCUACACCACCACCGACGCAGCUUCCUCCUCCAGUUCAGCCUUCGCUUCCUGCUGCUCCUUCAGCUGAGCAGCCGCAGCAGCAGCCUGUCUCCCAGCAGAGCGCCGCGGCUUCUGCCCCCACCCCGACGGCGCCGCUGCUGCCCCCACAGCCUUCGACUCCACUUUCCCAACCAGCUGUAAGCAUUGAAGGGCAGGUAUCAAACCCACCAUCCACUAGUAGCACAGAAGUGAAUUCUCAGACCAUUCCUGAGAAGCAGUCUUCACAGGAAGUGAAAAUGGAGGCAAAGAUGGAAGUGGAUCCACCAGAACCAGCUGAUGCUCAGCCAGAGGAUAUUCCAGAGACUAAAGCAGAAGACUGUAAAAUGGAACCUAUAGAAACGGAAGAGAGAGGCACUGAAUUAAAGACUGAAACAAAAGAGGAGGAAGACCAGCCAAGUACUUCAGCUACCCAGUCAUCCCCAGCCCCGGGACAGUCAAAGAAGAAGAUUUUCAAACCAGAAGAGUUACGACAGGCACUGAUGCCAACUUUGGAGGCACUUUACCGACAGGAUCCAGAAUCCCUUCCCUUUCGUCAACCUGUGGACCCUCAACUUCUUGGAAUCCCUGAUUACUUUGAUAUUGUGAAGAGCCCCAUGGACCUUUCUACCAUCAAGAGGAAGUUAGACACUGGACAGUAUCAGGAGCCCUGGCAGUAUGUGGAUGACAUUUGGCUUAUGUUCAACAAUGCCUGGUUGUAUAAUCGGAAAACAUCUCGGGUAUACAAAUACUGCUCCAAGCUGUCUGAAGUCUUUGAACAAGAAAUUGACCCAGUAAUGCAAAGCCUUGGAUAUUGUUGUGGCAGAAAGUUGGAGUUCUCUCCACAGACACUCUGUUGCUAUGGCAAACAGUUAUGCACAAUCCCUCGUGAUGCCACUUACUACAGUUACCAGAACAGGUAUCAUUUCUGUGAGAAGUGUUUCAAUGAAAUCCAAGGGGAGAGCGUUUCUUUGGGGGAUGACCCUUCCCAGCCUCAAACUACAAUAAAUAAAGAACAAUUUUCCAAGAGAAAAAAUGACACACUGGAUCCUGAACUGUUUGUUGAAUGUACAGAGUGUGGAAGAAAGAUGCAUCAGAUCUGUGUCCUUCAUCAUGAAAUCAUCUGGCCAUCUGGAUUUGUCUGUGAUGGCUGCUUAAAGAAAUCUGCACGAACCAGGAAAGAAAAUAAGUUUUCUGCUAAAAGGUUGCCAUCCACCAGGCUUGGUACCUUUCUGGAGAAUCGUGUGAAUGACUUUCUUAGGCGACAAAAUCACCCUGAGUCAGGAGAGGUCACUGUUCGGGUAGUUCAUGCUUCUGACAAAACUGUGGAAGUGAAACCAGGCAUGAAAGCAAGGUUUGUAGAUAGUGGAGAGAUGGCAGAAUCCUUUCCAUACCGAACCAAAGCCCUCUUUGCCUUUGAAGAGAUAGACGGUGUUGACUUGUGCUUCUUUGGCAUGCAUGUUCAAGAGUAUGGCUCUGACUGCCCUCCACCCAACCAGAGGAGAGUUUACAUAUCAUACCUUGACAGUGUUCAUUUCUUCCGUCCUAAAUGCUUGAGGACUGCAGUCUACCAUGAGAUUCUAAUUGGAUAUUUAGAAUACGUCAAGAAAUUAGGAUAUACAACAGGGCAUAUUUGGGCUUGUCCCCCAAGUGAGGGAGACGACUAUAUCUUCCAUUGCCAUCCUCCUGACCAGAAGAUACCCAAGCCCAAGCGACUGCAGGAGUGGUACAAAAAGAUGCUUGACAAGGCCGUGUCUGAGCGAAUCGUCCAUGACUACAAGGAUAUUUUUAAACAAGCUACUGAAGAUCGAUUAACAAGUGCAAAGGAGUUGCCUUACUUUGAGGGUGAUUUCUGGCCCAAUGUUCUGGAAGAGAGCAUUAAGGAACUGGAACAGGAGGAGGAAGAGCGAAAGCGAGAAGAAAACACCAGCAACGAGAGCACAGAUGUGACAAAGGGAGACAGCAAAAAUGCUAAAAAGAAAAAUAAUAAGAAAACCAGCAAAAACAAGAGCAGCCUGAGUAGGGGCAACAAGAAGAAGCCAGGCAUGCCCAACGUAUCCAAUGACCUCUCGCAGAAACUGUAUGCCACGAUGGAGAAACACAAAGAGGUCUUCUUUGUGAUCCGCCUCAUCGCCGGCCCUGCCGCCAACUCCCUGCCCCCCAUCGUCGACCCUGACCCCCUCAUCCCCUGCGAUCUCAUGGACGGGCGGGACGCCUUCCUUACCCUCGCAAGGGACAAGCACCUGGAGUUCUCUUCCCUCCGAAGAGCCCAGUGGUCCACCAUGUGCAUGCUGGUGGAGCUGCACACCCAGAGCCAGGACCGCUUUGUCUACACCUGCAACGAGUGCAAGCACCACGUGGAGACGCGCUGGCACUGCACUGUCUGCGAGGAUUAUGAUUUGUGCAUCACCUGCUACAACACUAAAAACCACGACCACAAAAUGGAGAAACUUGGUCUCGGCUUAGAUGACGAGAGCAACAGCCAACAGGCUGCAGCCACCCAGAGCCCAGGAGACUCUCGGCGCCUGAGCAUCCAGCGCUGCAUCCAGUCCCUGGUGCACGCCUGCCAGUGCCGCAACGCCAACUGCUCACUGCCGUCCUGCCAGAAGAUGAAGCGGGUGGUGCAGCACACCAAGGGCUGCAAGCGGAAAACCAACGGGGGCUGCCCCAUCUGCAAGCAGCUCAUCGCCCUCUGCUGCUACCACGCCAAGCACUGCCAGGAGAACAAGUGCCCGGUGCCCUUCUGCCUCAACAUCAAGCAGAAGCUCCGGCAGCAGCAGCUGCAGCACCGGCUCCAGCAGGCCCAGAUGCUCCGCAGGAGGAUGGCUAGCAUGCAGCGGACCGGUGUGGUGGGGCAGCAGCAAGGCCUGCCCUCCCCGACUCCUGCCACUCCCACCACACCAACAGGCCAGCAGCCAGCCACGCCACAGACACCCCAGCCCCCGCCUCCCUCUCAGCCUCAGCCCACCCCUCCCAACAGCAUGCCACCCUACUUGCCCAGGACUCAGGCUGCUGGCCCUGUCUCCCAGGGUAAGGCGGCGGGCCAGGUGACACCUCCCACCCCUCCUCAGACUGCUCAGCCACCCCUGCCGGGGCCCCCGCCUGCCGCAGUGGAAAUGGCAAUGCAGAUUCAGAGGGCAGCUGAGACGCAGCGCCAGAUGGCCCACGUGCAAAUUUUUCAAAGGCCAAUCCAGCACCAGAUGCCCCAGAUGACUCCGAUGGCCCCCAUGAGUAUGAACCCACCCCCUAUGGCCAGAGGUCCCAGUGGGCAUUUGGAGCCAGGGAUGGGGCCCACAGGGAUGCAGCAACAGCCACAGUGGGUCCAAGGAGGAUUGCCUCAGCCCCAGCAGCUACAGCCUGGGAUGCAGAGGCCAGCCAUGAUGUCGGUGGCCCAGCAUGGUCAGCCCUUGAAUAUAGCUCCCCAGCCAGGACUGGGCCAGGUAGGUGUGAGCCCUCUCAAACCAGGCACUGUGUCUCAACAAGCCUUACAAAACCUUUUGCGGACUCUCAGGUCUCCCAGCUCUCCCCUACAGCAGCAACAGGUGCUUAGUAUCCUUCACGCCAACCCCCAGCUGUUGGCUGCGUUCAUCAAGCAGCGGGCUGCCAAGUAUGCCAACUCGAAUCCGCAGCCCCUCCCUGGGCAGCCUGGCAUGCCCCAGGGCCAGCCAGGGUUGCAACCGCCUGCCAUGCCAGGCCAGCAGGGGGUACACUCUAACGCAGCCAUGCCGAACAUGAACCCCAUGCCAGCGGGCGUCCAGAGGGCUGGCCUGCCCCAGCAGCAGCCGCAGCAGCAGCUCCAACCACCCAUGGGAGGGAUGAGCCCCCAAGCCCAGCAGAUGAACAUGAACCACAACGCCAUGCCUUCGCAGUUCCGAGACAUCUUGAGGCGGCAGCAGAUAAUGCAGCAGCAGCAACAACAGGGAGCGGGACCCGGAAUCGGGCCCGGGAUGGCCAACCAUAACCAGUUCCAGCAACCCCAGGGAGUUGGCUACCCGCCGCCGCCGCCCCAGCCCCAGCCGCAGCCGCGGAUGCAGCAUCACAUGCAGCAGAUGCAGCAAGGGAGCAUGGGGCAGAUGGGCCAGCUCCCCCAGGCCUUGGGAGCAGAGGCAGGAGCCAGCCUGCAGGCGUAUCAGCAACGACUCCUGCAGCAACAGAUGGGGUCCCCUGCUCAGCCCAACCCCAUGAGCCCCCAGCAGCAUAUGCUCCCAAGCCAGGCUCAGUCCCCACACCUCCAAGGCCAGCAGAUCCCUUCUUCUCUCUCCAAUCAAGUGCGUUCUCCCCAGCCUGUCCCUUCUCCGCGGCCGCAGUCCCAGCCCCCCCACUCCAGCCCUUCCCCAAGGAUGCAGCCUCAGCCUUCUCCACACCACGUUUCCCCACAGACCAGUUCUCCACAUCCUGGACUGGUAGCUGCCCAGGCCAACCCCAUGGAACAAGGGCAUUUUGCCAGCCCGGACCAGAGUUCAAUGCUGUCUCAGCUCGCUAGCAAUCCAGGCAUGGCAAACCUCCAUGGUGCAAGCGCCACGGACCUGGGACUCAGCACCGAUAACUCAGACUUGAAUUCAAACCUCUCACAGAGUACACUAGACAUACACUAGAGACACCUUGUAGUAUUUUGGGAGCAAAAAAAUUAUUUUCUCUUAACAAGACUUUUUGUACUGAAAACAAUUUUUUUGAAUCUUUCUUAGCCUAAAAGACAAUUUUCCGUGGAACACAUAAGAACUGUGCAGUAGCUGUUUGUGGUUUAAAGCAAACAUGCCAGAUGAACCUGAGGGAUGAUAGAAUACAAAGAAUAUAUUUUUGUUAUGGCUGGUUACCACCGGCCUUUUUUUCCCCCUUGUGUGUGUGGUUCAAGUGUGCACUGGGAGGAGGCUGAGGUCUGUGAAGCCAACCACAUGCUCCUGCCUUGCACCUCCAAUAGGUUUUAUUAUUUUUUUUAAAUUAAUGAAAAUAUGUAAUAUUAAUAGUUAUUAUUUACUGGUGCAGAUGGUUGACAUUUUUCCCUAUUUUCCUCACUUUAUGGAAGAGUUAGAACAUUUCUAAAACCAGAGGACAAAAGGGGUUAAUGUUACUUUAAAAUUACAUUCUAUAUAUAUAUAAAUAUAUAUAAAUAUAUAUUAAAAUACCAAUUUUUUUUUCUCUGGGUGCAAAGAUGUUCAUUCUUUUAAAAAUGUAAAAAAAAAAAAAAAAAUUCCCCUUUCCUCCCCUCAAGUCAACUUUUGUGCUCCAGAAAAUUUUCUAUUCCGUAAGUCUGAGCGUAAAAACUUCAAGUAUUAAAAUAAUUUGUACAUGUAGAGAGAAAAAUGACUUUUUCAAAAUAUACAGGGGCAGCUGCCAAAUUGAUGUAUUAUAAUUGUGGUUCUGUUUCUUGAAAGAAUUUUUUUCGUUAUUUUUACAUCUAACAAAGGAAAAAAUUAAAAAGAGGGUAAGAAACGAUUCCAGUGGGAUGAUUUUAACAUACAAAAUGUCCCUGGGGUUUCUUCUUUGCUUGCUUUCUUCCUCCUUACCCUGCCCCCACCCCAUACACACACAUACACACACACACACACACACAGACACACUUUCUGUAAAACUUGAAAAUAGAAAGCAAAAACCCUCAACUGUUGUAAAUCAUGCAAUUAAAGUUGAUUACUUAUAAAUAUGAACUUUGGAUCACUGUAUAGACUGUUAAAUUUGAUUUCUUAUUACCUAUUGUUAAAUAAACUGUGUGAGACAGA